AUGCACCCACCAUCAUCAGCUCCUCUUAGGGCUCUAGUACAGGGCUCUGGAGCCAGGCUCCUUUCGCAACAGUGUCUAAAGAGCAGCUUUAGACCAUCAUCAACCGUGGUUAUUGGCCUUCGAAGCAACCCAGUUUCUCUGUAUUACCGGGACAGCCAUGACCAAGGAAGAUGUUUCUCCACCACCUCCCCAGCAAGGUUGAAGGAGUUCUUUGCUGCGCCAAAGCAGACAAAGCGCAUAAUUGAGACCGAGUCGGCAUUCGAACACCCUGUCUUCACCCAAAAGCAAAUGAAAGACAUCAUAGUUGCCCACCGGGAAACCAAAAACUGGUCAGACUGGGUUGCCCUAGGUACUGUCCGCCUCCUUCGAUGGGGAACCGAUCUGGCAACUGGGUAUAAACACCCCAAACCCGGCGAAGCUGCACCAUCCAAACACUUCCAGAUGAAUGAGCGCAAAUGGCUUAUACGUUUUGUCUUCCUGGAAACCGUUGCCGGUGUUCCUGGAAUGGUCGGUGGCAUGCUUCGACAUCUUCACAGCCUAAGAAAGAUGAAGCGUGAUAACGGCUGGAUUGAAACGUUACUUGAAGAAGCAUACAACGAACGGAUGCACCUACUCACCUUCCUCAAACUCGCUGAGCCAGGUUGGUUUAUGCGUUUGAUGGUACUAGGCGCUCAGGGUGUGUUUUUCAACGGUUUCUUCCUCUCCUAUCUCAUCUCACCACGAACCUGCCACCGUUUCGUCGGAUACCUAGAGGAAGAAGCUGUCUUGACAUAUACCCAUGCUAUUAAGGAUUUAGAGGCUGGUAAACUACCAGCAUGGUCUGACCUCCCCGCGCCUGAUAUCGCUAUAAAAUACUGGAACAUGCCAGAGGGACACCAGAAGAUGCUUGAUUUACUUUAUUAUGUCCGAGCCGAUGAGGCAAAACAUCGUGAGGUCAACCACACUCUGGCCAACUUGAAUCAGAAGAUCGAUCCUAAUCCUUACGCUGCCAAAUACGAGAGUCCGGAAAAGCCUCAUCCCACCAAAUCCGCCGAGAUUGUUAAGCCUACUGGCUGGGACAGACAGGAUGUCAUCUAG